GGAGCUCCACUCUUCUUUCCUCUCUCCCUUUUUCUUCGAAAGCAAUGUAGUUUAAGAACUAUAAAGUGCAUGUUUCUAGAGCUCCACUAUUCUUUCCUCUCCUCCCUCCCUUCCUCCCUUCGAAAACAGUUUAAAAGCUAUGAAAAUGGAGUUCACUGAAGCUCUGCUCCUCUCCUUUCUCCUUCCUUCUUUCUCUGAAAUCAGCUCAGUUUAAAAAUAGUAAAAAUAGAGGUUUCUGGAGCUCCACUCGUCUCUCCUUCUUUCUCUGAAAGCAACGUAGUUUAAGAACUAUACAAUGGAGGUUUCUAGAGCUCCACUCUUAUUUUCUCUCUCCUUCUUUCUUUCUCUAAAAGCAAUGUAGCUUAAGAACUAUAAAAUGCAUGUGUUGUCGAAGGCUUUCAUGGCCGGAAUCACUGGGUUGCUGUGAGUUUUCCGGCUGUCUAGCCAUGUUCCAGAAGCAUUCUCUCCUGACAUUUCACCCACACCUAUGGCAGGCAUCCUCAGAGGUUGUAACAAUGUAAGGUCUGUUGGAAGCAAGGCAAGUGAGGUUUAGAUAUCUGGGGAAUGUCCAGGGUGGGAGAAAGAACACUUGUCUGCUUGAGGCAGGUGUGACUGUUGCAAUUGGCCACCUUGAAUAGCAUUGACUGGCCUUGCAGCUUCAAAGCCUGUCUGCUUCCUGUCUGGGGAAUCCUUUGUUGGGAGGUGUUAGUUGAUUCCUGUUUGGAAUUCUCCAGUUUUCUGAAUGUUGUUCUUUAUUUACUGUCCUGAUUUUAGAGUUUUUUAAUACUGGUAUGGGCGAAAUGUCAUUAGUGAAUACUUCUGGAACAUGGCCAUACAGCCCGGAAAACUCACAGCAAUCCUAUAAAAUGCAAGUCUCUAGAGCUCCACUCUUCUUUCCUCUCUCUUUCCUUCCUUCUUUCCUCGAAAGCAGUUUAAAAACUAUAAAUAUGGAGGUCUCUGAAGCUCCACUCUUCUUCCUCUUUUCUCCGAGGACUUAAAGCCAUUUAACAAAACUUGGAUGUCUCUCAGAUCUUUCCUUCUUUCUCCAAAGAACACCUUUCCAGGUUUUCUAAACUGUCUUAAGGGUCCUGGGAGGAAGGAGGGAGAAGUGUGGAGCUCUAGAGACCUCUACUUUGUAGUUUUGCCUUCAGAGAAAGAAGGAAGGAGGUGGAAAUUGGCCCCGAACAACUCUAUAGCUUAAAACAAACAAACAGAAAUUGAGCUUGUUUUUUGAGGUGGUAGGUUUGAGAUAAGGCAUUUUAUUUUCUUAAAAAUAGGAUUUUUUUCCCUUUUGUGACAGUUGCACCCCCCUUUUUUGAUUGGAAAAGGGUGGGAGGUGCGACUAUUAUGCAACGAAAUGCAGUAUUUUUUUCUCCCCUUUUCUUUUUUUAAAACUACCUGACAAAUGUGACUGUGAUGUGGAAGCCGAGGGAUUGGGGCUGCGGAGCGUGUGACACAGCGUCCCGGUGCGAGGAGUCGUGGUUUUUUGUGUGUGUGAUUGUUGGCGGGGCGGGGAGAGGGGGAGGAAGUAGGGGUUUGGGGUACACCCUGCAGCCCUAUCCUGCUGUGCUUCUGUGUUUGUUUGGGCCGAACGCACGGGCCCUUCCUCAUGCUCUGAACGAAGGCCCCAACCCCGGGAUGUACAUGUCUUCUGGUGGUUCUUUGGUGUGGAAGACGCCGAGGUCAGUCGCCUCCCUGUGCGGGAGCUCUGUCAUGCUCUUGUGCCUUUGAUGGAGCCGUUGGUAGGGAUCUGGACUCGGUGUCGAGGAGGAGCUAUGCAAGAGUGGUGUCUCUUGAGAGCGGGGCUGUUGAGGUCCAGGCCCAGGCAGUCCCCAAGCUACAAACAAGAGAGGCUCCGUAGGCUUGUUCUUCAGCUGGAUUUGUAUGUCAGUCGGAACAGGUGCGUUUCUUAAGUGUUAACACCAGCCAGAAACAUAUACAGGGUGUCCACAAAUGAAAUGUAUUAUGAUCAAUUAUUAUUAUCCUUGUAUUUUUUUAUACCUUGCUUUAUCUCCCCAAGGCCCUCUGGUGAUGCAGCGGGUUAAACUGCUGAGCUGCUGAACUUGCUGACUGAAAGGUUGGCGGAUUGAAUCUGGGGAGUGGGUUGAGCUCCUGCUGUUAGCCCCAGCUUCUGCCAACCUAGCAGUUCAAAAACAUGCAAAAUGUGAGUAGAUUAAUAGGUACCGCCUUGGCGGGAAGGUAACGGCACUCCAUGACCUUGGAGGUUUCUACAGACAAUGCUGGCUCUUUGGCUUAGAAAUGGAGAUGAGCAGCAACCCCAACGAGUAGACUUAAUGUCAGGGGAAACCUUUACCAUUUUUUAUUUCCCCAAAGGGGACUCAAAGUGGCUUGACAUAAAAGCAUUAGUACAUAAUUUAAAACGUACAAAUAUACAAAAAUUAAAACAGAAUUAAAUACAAACAGCCAUUAAAAAUUCAGUUAAAAUCCAUCAAAACAUAUCCAAAGUUAAAAACCACAGCACCUCCUCAGCAGAUCUGAAAACACCUUAAUCUUUAAUAAUAAUAAUAAUAAUAUAAUUUAUAUUCCGCUCUAUCUUCCCAAGGGGACUCAGGGAGGACUACAGUACACAUACGGCAAACCGUCAGUGCCGUUAUAUAAUUGACAAGGACAGACAAUACAUAAACAGAGGUAAAGGCUUCCCAUCUUUUUUUUCCAUCUCUGGCAUCUGAAGGCUAUUCUCGACUCUGGCAAAUAGGUGGGGGGUUCUGUUGCUCCAUCUUCCAUGCCGAGAAGCUUUUUGUUGUCUGUAGACUACCUCCCGAUCGAACGGUUGGCAUGUCCUUAUGGGUGCCUUUUUAAUUACCUCCGCACUUUAAAGCAGUACCUAUUUAUCUACUCACUUGCUGUUUUCAAUCUGCUAGGUGUGCAGAAGCUGGGCUGGUGGCUGGGAGCUCACCCCGACCCGGGAGUGAACUGUCAAACUUUCGAUUGGCAAGACUUUCUGCAGCUGGCAGUUAAUCCACUGUGCUAAAGCUAGGCUUGUUUUAAAUGCCUGUUUGAAUAAAAAGGCUUUCGCCUCACAGAUCAGACAGAAUAAGUAGAACUGAACAAACAAUAUCAAUAACAAGAUCAUUCAAAAACAAAUCCCAUUAAAUACAGUUAAAAUUUCCUUAAGUGUAUAAUGUCAGUUUUUCACGACAGGUGAGCACUGCGUCACAAAAGCUGGCCACUUUUAAUUGUUACCACUGGUUACCAUUUUAAUUUUAAGUCCGUAGGUUGUGGACUUUUUGUGUCUUAUCACAUUGUCUCCUAGUCUACAUAUAUCCUUUUCCAGUUCUUCAAUGAGAAUUGAUUUUUCGUAACAGAUUGUUUCACAUUAAAUCUUUUUUGUAAAUUAUUAUUAUCUACAAAGAAAAGUCCACAAUUUGCAUUUAAAUCAUUAGUAAGUUAGUAUUUAUAUCAUUUUAUCAUUCUCAUGCUCGCUCGCUCUCUGUAUCACAUCAAAUUUAUAUAAUUCUAUAUAACCAAUCCCUUUUUAUAGCCCAUCUCAAUCUUCUUAGUUAAUGUCAUUUCACAAAAUUUCUUCAAUUUUGGUUGGGUGCUUAGUACAAAAUACAAGUCUAUACAUGGAAUAUUAAUAAUUGUAAUAUUUCCCAUCUACAACUUUUGAGUCCAAAAGCUCUUCUGAUUUUUAACCAUAGUUACCCAGUAUGAUAAUAUUCUUAUAAUCCGUUUUUAAAAACUUUCCCAGAUAGCUGCGAAAGAGCAGAUCAUUGAUGAGAUAUCUUCAUCAGAUUUGUUGUAGGAAUUCGGUGGGGAUCAAAGUUUUUAAUCGCAUAGCAUUUUCCCAGCAAGAUGGUGCACCAUCUUGUGGACUGCAUUUCUAGGCCGGUGGAUUGGAAGAGAGGGCCCCAUUCCCUGGCUCCCUCAUUCAUCCUCCGGAUAUCAGUCCCCUGGACUUUUUUCUGCCUGAGUGUAUCUAAUUCCUCUUUAUUAUGACCUAAAGGGAAAGCGCUGAUGCCAUUGUCGCCGUUGAUGAGGUGUGCUACAGCAAAAUUGAGUACUGUCUUGAUGUCCUUCGUGGAACUCAUGGCAUCCACAUUGCAGUGAAUUAAAUGAAGCAACCAAACCUUUCAGUAGCUACUUCACAUUUUAUAAUAACCUUCACAUAUUUGUCUUUUUAUUUGCUAUCGUAAUACAUUUGAGAUUUUAUGGACACUCUGUGUGUAUGUAUAUUAGCACUGGAUCGUUUUGGAUCUCAUAGGGAAGGGUGAACACCCCUGCGGUGUUUGUUUUGCUGUUUGGGCGAUUUCCCCUCACUUUUUGUCUCUGUGAUAAUUUGCAAAAAUUGGCUUGUUGUGGAAACACGGAUUGGGGAUCAAGCUCCAGUAGAGACACGUUUUCCCCAUGAUAAUAACUUCCUGGUCCUUCCGAGGGGAAGAGUCCUCUCACUUCCUGUUGUCUCAGCCCCGUUCUUAGCUAUGAAUUGGACGUUUGUAACUCAGGGACGGCAUGUAUAACGACAUGGCCGCUGAGCUGUUGUUUCCACAGCAGAGGUUUCACCCCAAUUAUCCCGACACCUCGGUGGUUUGGAAAUAUCUCGUCGUUGUGUGUUGUCGCUUACUGACUGUGUCUUUCUUCCCCUUCCUCUUCUCCCUCUGCUCUCCUCCACCUGACGUGGAACAUUUCUGCAUCGACAGGGAUGUGCCGUGGUUGAGUUCAAGAUGGAAGAGAGCAUGAAGAAGGCGGUAGAAGUCCUCAACAAGCACAGCCUCAGCGGAAGGCCCCUGAAAGUGAAGGAGGACCCUGAUGGAGAACACGUCCGGCGAGCCGUGCAGAAGGCCAUGGUGGUUUCUGGCAGCGGGAUGGGGAUGGGGCCAGGCCCCGGGGGACCCGGGAUGGUCAACAUUCCCCCCAGCAUCCUCAACAACCCCAACAUCCCCAAUGAAAUCAUCCACGCCUUGCAGACCGGAAGGCUGGGCAGCACCGUCUUUGUGGCCAACCUGGAUUACAAAGUGGGCUGGAAGAAGCUGAAGGAGGUCUUCUGCAUGGCUGGGGUUGUGGUCCGGGCUGACAUCCUGGAGGACAAGGACGGCAAGAGCCGCGGCAUCGGCACUGUCACCUUUGAGCAGGCAAUCGAAGCCGUCCAGGCCAUCUCAAUGUUCAACGGGCAGCUGCUGUUCGACAGGCCGAUGCAUGUGAAGAUGGACGAGCGGGCCUUGCCCAAAGGGGACUACUUCCCUCCUGAGCGGCCACAGCAGCUUCCUCACGGACUUGGGGGGAUUGGCAUGGGCCUGGGCCCGGGAGGCAUCCCCAUUGACGCCAAUCACUUGAACAAAGGGCUGGGGAUGGGCAAUAUUGGCCCUGGAGCCAUGGGAAUCGAAAACUUGGGUUUUGGGAUGAACAAAAUGGGAGGGAUGGAAGGCCCUUUUGGUGGCAUGGAGAACUUGGGCCGCUUCCCUUCAGGAAUGAACCUUGGCCGGAUAAGCGAGAUGGACCGUGCCAUUGGAGGCGGUUUUGAAAGAGACUUCCCCAGGAACGACAUGGGGAUGCCCCGUAGCUUCGGGGACUCACUGGAGAGAGGAAUUGGUGGGGGCAGUGGGGCCAGCCUCCCGUCCAUGGAGCGCAUGGGGGCCCCUGGCCUGGAACGCAUGGGGGCCCCCGGCCUGGAGCGGCUUCCCUCCGGCCUGGGCCAUGGCAUGGAGAGCCGGGUGGGCUCUGAGAUGGAUCGCAUGGGCCUGGUGCUGGACCGAAUGGGCUCGGGUGUGGAGCGGAUGGGCUCGGGCCUGGAGCGCAUGGCCCCGCUGGGCAUAGACCACUUGGGCUCCGGCCUUGACCGCAUGGGCUCUGGCCUCGACCGCAUGGGUGCCACAGCCGCUGCUGCCGGCAUGGGCUUCGGCCUGGAGCGCAUGGGCUCGGCCAUGGAGCGCAUGGGGGCCGCGGCUGGCGUGGAACGCAUGGGCCUGGGCAUGGAGCGCAUGGUCCCGGCCGGGAUGGGCCCCGUCAUGGACCGCAUGCCAGCCGGCCUGGAGCGCAUGGGCGCCGCCCCCCUCGACCGCAUGGGCCUGGCUGCUGGAAACAUGGACCGCAUGGGACUGGAGCGCAUGGGGGCUGCUGCAGCGGCUGCAGCAGCUGCCGCAGCUACUGGCAUGGAGCGCAUGGGGGGCCCUGCCAUGGGGCAAGGCCUGGGCGGCGCCGGCCUGGACCGGAUGGGACUGGCCAUGGGCAACACCUACGACCGCAGCAUGGAAAUGGAGCGUGGGAACUUCGCCGCUGCCGCCGGGAACUUCCCCGGAGCCAUGGGAGGUGGAGGGCCCGUCCCUCCCUCGGCCACUGUGGCCCCCAGCGCCAGCAUGGCUAGGAAGGCCUGCCAGAUCUUCGUCCGAAACCUGCCUUUCGACUUCACCUGGAAGAUGCUGAAGGACAAGUUCAAUGAAUGUGGCCACGUCUUGUAUGCGAACAUCAAGAUGGAGAACGGGAAAUCCAAGGGCUGCGGGGUGGUGCGCUUCGAGGCCCCCGAGGUGGCUGAGCGUGCCUGCCGCAUGAUGAAUGGCAUCCAGCUCCGCGGGAGGGAGAUCGACGUCCGGAUCGACCGCAACGCUUAAGGCACAUCCAAGGAGAAGGAGGGGGAGAGCUUUGUUUUUUAAUAGCAGAUGGGCUUUCUGGGCAGAGGGAAGGGGGGAAGGAAAGGAAAGAGUUUGGUUCCUCGGGUUGUUUCUUUUUUAAUUUCAUAGUCAAACAUUUCUUUUUGGAGCCAUUUUAAUUCCCUUUUUUAAAUAAUAAGAAAAAAGAGUUUUCUUUUUGAGCCUUUAAAUUACAUGCUUCUUUGUAGCCUCGUGGGGUUUCAUGCUGUUGUUUCCGUAUGUUUUUUGGAAUAAAAUAAAAACAGUGCUUCUGUAGUUUUCCGAUCUUUUUUAGCCGAACCUCUGUGGGUGGAUGUUUGUUUCUUGGGAGAUUUCUACGAAUUAAAAAGUGUGUAAGGCAAAGCAGCUGUAAUAUGGUUAGACCACAACCCCCAUUUGUAUGAGAUUUGUCAAUAUUAAACUGGAUUUUUUGUGUG